UGUUUGUGUGUGUGUGUGUGUGUGUGUGUUUAGGAAUAAACUUAGAAGGGAGGGGGCGGCCGGGGUGGGCCACUGGAUUGAAAAAAUUGGAACAUCACUGGGGCUGUUGGUGGUAGCAUUCGGGCCUCUAGCGUUUCAGGAAAGUGCUCUCGGGAGUCGCCUCAGGAUGGAGUUUGACGGAAGAUUGGGAAUUACAUCUUUGGCACAAUUUUGGAAGGGGCGGGGGGGUGCCAGUGAAGGGAAGGGGGCAAAGAAUGCUUGUAGAAGGUGCCAGCAUCUAGGUCUGGUAUGGAUUUAAUUCAGACUGAGAGAGUUGGCCGAUUAAAACACUGCACACCCUAAGAAGCUUGGGAGAUGUAGGGCGAUUAGUGUGUGGCACAAACGAGAACAGGAGGAGAAUGUUCUUUUCUGUAUUUCUUAGAAGACAGUCUCCACACAGCAGUGGUUUUGGUUACUUUUCUAUGGUGGGAUUAGGUGCUGUCUUUCCUUUACCUUGAGUCAUAUUUGUAUACAUAUUGUUGAGGUGACUGUUUGGGGGUGAAAUUGUGAGUGAGGUAGGUACUUUGAAUAACCUUGUGGAGUGUUUAAGGAAGGGUUUUUGAUGAUAAUCUCAUUUAGGUAGGAAGUAUUAGGGAUUCCUUUGAGUAUAUAAUAGAUUAGAGAGUGUCAUGAUUAAAUAUUCUUCAGGUUAACACAGAAAUCAGCUUCCUGGGCCAUGCCGGUUCUAAGGCCUGUUUCCUCUCAUGAGCUUCAACAGAAGACGGACUCUCCAGCCCUCACAGUGGAUGACUUUCCUUCCCUGAACAGGAGAUGGGAUAGUACCUGGGAUCUGCCUAUCACCAGACUCUGGGCUUAAUAAACCAGCUGAAUGAAGGGAUGUAAUAGACCUCUGGGAGGGACACUGAAGCCUGCAGGGGGGGGAGGGACCUGGACAUACUCCUUCCCCCCCAGACUCCUCCCAUUCAGAGUCCACUCAGCCAUGGACUUUGGACCUGGACCAGAGGAGAGAAGCUGCACUUCGGUGUUUCUGAUCUGGGAUUCUCAGUUUUGGAAAUGGAGUACUGGAUGGGGGUUUGAUGAUCUUCAGGGGAGCAGCUGAGAGAAGAAAGGUGCAUGGCUGCUUCCUAAUCCCGGAGCCCAGAGGAAGCAUCCCUAGAACCGUGGGGGCGUGAGCCAGGCAAGCUGAGGGCAGCCUUGAGCCCUACCCUUCCCGCCUCCCCUGCGGGGGCCAGGAUGCUGAAGAAGCAGUCUGCAGGGCUUGUGCUGUGGGGCGCCAUCCUCUUUGUGGCCUGGAACGCCCUGCUGCUCCUCUUCUUUUGGACACGCCCAGCGCCUGGCAGGCUACCCUCAAACAGUGCUCUUGAUGAUGACCCCGCCAGCCUCACCCGCGAGGUGAUCCGCCUGGCCCAGGACGCCGAGGUGGAGUUGGAGCGGCAGCGGGGCCUGUUGCAGCAGAUCAGGGAGCACCAUGCUAGGUGGAGCCAGCAGUGGAGGGUACCCACUGUGGCCCCGCCCGUCCCGCCACGAGUGCCUGUGACCACUCCACCAGCUGUAAUCCCCAUCCUGGUCAUCGCCUGUGACCGCAGCACUGUUCGGCGCUGCCUAGACAAGCUGCUCAAUUACCGGCCUUCUGCUGAGCACUUUCCCAUCAUUGUCAGCCAGGACUGCGGGCAUGAGGAGACAGCCCAGGUUAUCGCCUCCUACGGCAGCGCUGUCAUGCACAUCCGGCAGCCUGACCUGAGCACCAUUGCAGUGCCACCCGACCACCGAAAGUUCCAGGGCUACUACAAGAUUGCUCGGCACUACCGCUGGGCACUGGGCCAGGUCUUUCACGAGUUUAAGUUCCCAGCAGCCGUGGUGGUAGAGGAUGAUCUGGAGGUGGCUCCAGACUUCUUCGAGUACUUUCAGGCCACUUACCCACUGCUGAGAGCCGACCCCUCCCUCUGGUGUGUGUCUGCCUGGAACGACAAUGGCAAGGAGCAGAUGGUGGACUCCAGCAAGCCCGAACUGCUCUACCGCACAGACUUUUUCCCUGGCCUGGGCUGGCUGCUGUUGGCUGAGCUCUGGGCUGAGCUGGAGCCCAAGUGGCCCAAGGCCUUUUGGGAUGACUGGAUGCGCCGGCCAGAGCAGCGGCAGGGCCGGGCCUGUGUGCGGCCCGAAAUCUCCAGAACAAUGACCUUUGGCCGCAAAGGUGUGAGCCACGGGCAGUUCUUUGACCAGCACCUCAAGUUUAUCAAGCUGAACCAGCACUUCGUGCCCUUCACCCAGCUGGACCUGUCGUACCUGCGACAGGAGACCUAUGACAGGGAUUUCCUUGCACGUGUCUAUGGUGCUCCCCUGCUGCAGGUGGAGAAAGUGAGGACCAGUGAGCGGAGCGAGCUGCAGGAGGUGCGAGUGCAGUACACGAGCAGGGACAGCUUCAAGGCCUUUGCCAAGGCCCUGGGAGUCAUGGAUGACCUCAAGUCUGGUGUCCCCAGGGCCGGCUACCGGGGCAUCGUCAGCUUCCUGUACCGGGGCCGCCGUGUCCACCUGGCCCCACCCCAGACCUGGGAUGGUUAUGAUCCUAGCUGGAAUUAGCAGCACCUGCGUGUCCAUCGUGGGCCCCCUCCUUGCCAUCUCAUGGCCUAAGAUGGGACCGCAGUCCCUGGGCUUCAUCGUCCUCUCUGUGUUUCUCUCUUGGGUCCAUUUAUCUUUUUUUUUUUUUUUUCUUUUUCUGAGUGGCAUUCAAGUGCACAGAUGAUAAGGUGAGGGGGUCAAAUGAGGGGACUCUUUCUGGGAUAUGUUGGGGGAGUUAUUAAGCAAGAAACCACUGUGUGGUAGGAGGGACUUGAGCUUGUCAUGGCCACACACAUCCACAUUCCAGGUUUUCUCCUAGGACAUCGGUGGAGAGGUUGGCAACUUUAGUUCUCUUGAUCAGGCCUCUUUUUCCUGUCCUGGCUCUUCUAGCCAGAGUAUGAGCCCUCCUCCUGUACCUGUCCCUGACCAUCUCCGCUUUCUCCCAAUUGGAGUAGGGGUAGGGGGCUGUAUUAUGUGAGAAGGGGAUGUAUCUGUGCCGGAAUGAGACUAACCAAAGGGGUUUCAUCAUCGUCAGGGUCCGGAUAGAGCUGUUAGGUUGUCAGGGUUUACUGCCUCCUGCCUGUAUUUCUCUUCCCCUCUCUUUCAUCUCUGACCUCCUCUCAGCUCUUCUUACUAUGCAGCCCAGCAGUUCAUGAUUCUAAGAUGAAAUGGUGAAGGGGAAAAGCAGAACGUUCCCUUAGCUCAUCCACUGUGGUGGGGAGAAAGCCUUGGAUGCUGGGGCACCCCUCCCUCAUUCUUCCUCUAAGAAACAGACUGCCCCUCUCUCCUCUCCAUCCAGUCCUUUCCAAAAACCAGUCCUUUCCCUGUUGCUCUAGGACAGUUCAUGCUAGCCUGGCUUUUGGAGGCCCUCUCAGUGUGAGGUACAGCAGCCAAGACCAUUCAACCCAACCUCCCUCCCUUCUCUCCCAAGCAUCCCCGGGUGCACAGAUCAGGAUGCACAUGGGUUGGAGAGCAACGUGUGUUUUGUCUCUUGCCUGACCUCAGUUCAUGGAGGAAAAUUUAAGCUACAGAAUUAUUUUCAAAAAUAAAGGCUGACUUGUCUGAAAAA